AUGGCGCCCAAAACACAUAUUUUACAACAAUUUGGAACACAGGUGGACUGCAAUAUACUUCUACCACCUGCAUUCGAAUUGGGCGGUGAUUGGUUUGCCAUUCUACCAAACAUACAAGAAAUUAAGAAACCACAAAAGCUUAAACCAGCCACGUCCUGGACAUGGUCGUACAAAAGUCCGGAUUUUCUUAUGAAUGCCGGUAUAUAUACAAAGGACACAAUGAAAGCUUUUCAACAGCAUAUAUUGUUCCCGCAAGAAGUGAAAGCUGCCACAAAUAAUUUAAUCAGACAAUCUAUGGGAUAUGAUACGACUAAUCAAGGUCUGCAAUUUAAAUAUUUGAUAGACGAAAACACGCUUGGAAAAAUGGUAGAAGAUAAGCUAUUUAAAUUAUGGGGUUGGUUUACGACAAUUGGAACUUUUGUGUCUGGGUAUAUUCUUUGUUGCAAAAUUAAUAUUAACACUUGUUGA